AUGAGUUUUGAGAAGACCCCUACAACACCACCCAGCGACCACAAGGAAUCACUCCCCCGCCAUGCCAGCACGGUGACCGAUGACACUGUGGUCGGGCACCACAUGCCCUUCAAGCCCCACACCGUACCAGCAAGCAAGGUGACUGCUGCUCUCGAAGUCGACCCCAAGAUCGGUCUUUCUGAAGAUGAAGCCGCUCGCCGCCUCGCCAUCUAUGGGCCCAACCGCCUCAAGCCCCCCGCCAAACCCAGCAUGCUGAAGAUCUUUGCGCGCCAGGUUGGAAACGCCAUGACUCUUGUUCUCAUUGGCGCCAUGGCGGUGUCGUUCGGAACAACCGACUGGAUCAGUGGUGGUGUCAUUGCCGCCCUGGUUAUCAUCAACGUCGGAGUCGGCACCUACACCGAGUGGGAGGCCGAGAAGACUGUUGCGAGCCUCGAAUCCGUGGGAGCACCCCAAGCGACUGUUAUGCGCCACAACGCCACUCAGACAGUUACGAAAACGAUCGCCGUCGACGAAGUUGUGCCUGGCGAUAUUAUGCUCAUCAAGAACGGUGACAUUGUGCCCGCCGACGGCCGCGUGCUUGACGGCGUGUCCAACCUCGAGGCCGACGAGGCCUUCCUUACCGGUGAAUCGCUUCCCGUCGCCAAGCAGUCCGAGUCCGUCGAGGACGAGAACUGCCCCGUCGGUGACCGUGUCUCAAUGGUGUUUUCGGGCGCCCAGAUCACAAAGGGCCGCGCGUACGCUGUUGUCACCUACACGGCCAUGAACACUGAGAUCGGCAAGAUUGCGGACGCCCUCUCCAAGAAGGCUACGCGCACCGAGACUGGCUUUGCUCGCUUCUGGCACAAGACCAAGGUUCUCCUUGGCCUUGCCGAGACCACCCCACUCCAGAUCAAGCUCAACUCGCUGGCCUACUUCCUGCUCGGCUGUGCCCUCGUCAUUGCCCUCGUUGUCGUCGCCUCGACCGGCUUCAAGAACGUUCCCGACACCAUGGCCAUUUAUGCCGUCGCUGCCGCCGUCUCCAUCCUGCCUGCGUCUCUUAUCGCUGUCGUUUCCCUCACUCUUGCCCGCGCGUCCACCGACCUGGCCAAGCGCAAUGCCCUUGUUCGCCGCAUGGACGCCAUCGAGGCGCUGGCCGGCGUUGCCAAUGUCUGCUCCGACAAGACUGGCACUCUCACCGUUGGCCGCAUGGUUGUCCGCAGGCUGUGGAUUCCUGCUCUUGACCCCCGCGAGUCAGAGGCAGCCCCCACCGACACCAAGCAAGGUCAGACGUACACCGUCGAGACUGGCCAGGACCCCUUCUUCCCGCGUGGCGAGAUUGUCCCCGAGUUCCAGCCCCUCGUCCCCGCCGGCACCCUCGACCUCAACCGCAACGACACCUGCGAAUCGGAAGACAUCGCCAACGUUGAGCCUUCGUCCAUGGAGUUUGGACUCCGCGACAUGGCCAUUUGCGCCGCGCUCUGUAACCAGGCUACGCUCACCCGCCCCACAGACGAUGAGGGGUGGGAGGCCAACGGUGACCCCACCGAGAUUGCUCUCCAGGUUGCUGCCCACAAGCUUGGUUUCGGAAAGCCCGUCCUCACUGGAUCCGCUAACUCCCACCACAAGCACCCCAGGGAGCCCGGUUCACGCCGCUCGUCUUUCGUCCAGCGCCACGACAACGUCCACGGUGUGUACGAGCAGAUUGUCGAGCACCCCUUCGACUCGACCGUCAAGCGCAUGUCCAUUGCCUACCUGUACAGGCCGACCUCGCCGGGCGAGAAGGGCAAGGUGCUCUGUCUUAUGAAGGGCGCCGUGGAGCGCGUCCUCGACCGCUGCACCAUGGUCCGCGACAAGCCCCUCACUGAGGAGGCCAUGGCCGACAUUAUCAAGAAGGUCGAUGCGCUCGCCUCGUACGGUCUCCGUGUCCUCGCCCUCUGCGGAAAGUACGAGCCUAUCGAGUCUGCGGCAACUAUCCGCGGCGUCCCUCGUGAGGAGUUUGAGAGCGGUUUCUCGUUCCUCGGCCUCGCUGGUAUCUUUGACCCGCCUCGCAAGGAGUCGGCCGGCGCCGUCGCCGACUGCCACCGUGCCGGCAUUACGCCUCGCAUGCUCACUGGUGACCAUCCCGCUACCGCUACCGCCAUCGCCCUCCAGAUUGGUAUUCUCGAGCGCAGCUACGCCAAGUCGGCCGUCAUGACUGGCCAGGAGUUUGACGCUCUCACCAAUGACCAGGUCGAUGCGCUCGACGACCUUCCGCUGGUUGUCGCUCGCUGUGCCCCUGAGACCAAGGUCCGCAUGGUCGACGCCAUCCACCGCCGCAAGCAGACUACCGUCAUGACUGGUGACGGUGUCAACGACUCGCCCGCCCUCAAGCGCGCCGACGUCGGUGUCGGCAUGGGUACGGGAUCGGACGUCGCCAAGCAGGCCGCUCGCAUUGUGCUCACCGACGACAACUUUGCCUCGUGUAUCCGUGCCAUCCGAAAGGGUCGCUCAGUGUUCAAGAACCUGGCAAAGUUCCUUCUGUACCUUCUUUCCGGUAACCUGGCCGAAAUCAUCGUCCUCCUGAUCGGUCUUGCGUUCAAGGACGACAACGGCGAGUCGGUGUUCCCCCUCUCCCCCGUCGCCGCUCUCUGGAUCAACACUCUUGCUGCCGGACCCCCCGCCCUCGCUCUCGGCCUUGAGCCUACCGCCCCCGACGCCAUGGAGCAGCUCCCGGAAGCGUUCCACCGCAUCUUUACCGUCGAGUUUUACGUCGACCUCGUGUUCUACGGCUUCCUCAUGGGUUCGCUCGCCCUCGUCAACUUUGUCAUUGUCAUGUGGGGCGGCUACUUCCCCAAGGACCUCGGCGAGAAGUGUAACGAGGGCCUGAAUGCGUCCUGUGGUACCGUGUUCCAGGCGCGUUCCACGUGCUUUGCCACGCUCGUCAUUGUCCUCAUGAUCCACGCCCUCGAGUGCAAGCACAUGUCCCGCAGUCUCUGGCAGAUGGACCUCUACGACAACAAGGUGCUCCUCUGGUGUGUCGUCGUCCUCACCCUGGCCACCUUCCCCGUCGUCUACAUUCCCCGAGUCAACGACAAGGCCUUCCUCAUCGGCUCCCUUACCUGGGAGUGGGGAAUCGUCUUCGGCAUGAUCUUUGUCUACCUCGCCGCGUCCGAGGCUUACAAGUUCUGCAAGCGCGCAAUCCUCCGUCGCAAGCAGCCCGCAGCCCUCGCCCACCCCGUGAGCGACAAGACCCUCCACAUCGAGAACACCAUCCCGGUGUAA